GAAAGAGGGUGGGCUAUCUCAUGCACGUCUAUGAGAGGGCUAGUAUAAAGAGGGAAGAAGGAGCAUCUUGCAAUCUCAAAGCCAAUCGUUUGGGGGAUUUCUGGCAACUAGCAGCGAGCAGCACUAUUAGCAUUCUGACAUUUGCCAUAGCAAGUUGCAGACUCCUGAUUUUUUUUUAUUUUUUUGUUUAUUUUUUAUUUUUUAUUUAUUUUUUUCCCCUUUUACAGUGACAGAUGGAAAUCUUCUCCUCUGCUCAAUGGAACAUAUAAGUGGCUUGAUUAUUCCAAGCGGAUGUGGUACCCGAUUGAUGUUUUACUACCUUGGAGCACAUGAUGAUGAUGAUGAGCGGUGGACCCGGCGGAGAGAAUGAUUUACAGUGUUCAGCUUGGAGUUGCUAAAUCACCGUCCAGGAGCAACACCUUCUAAAGGGAAGCCUUUGGGGUUUAGGAUUCACCAAUUGUCGCCCUGCCAAUCGCUGCUUGCUGGAUGGAUUCCUAGAUGCAUCACAUCCGUGCUGUUCAGUGAAGUUUAGCAUGGUGCCGUUUGAUUGCCUGGAUUUUUUUGCUAUCUUGAGAGUAUCUUGAGAAUGUUGGUGGGAGAGCGCACUGGUGCCUGCAUCCGUACCUGCAUCCGUACCAGCCUCCGUGCCAGCCUCAGUGCCAGCCUCGAUCACUGCUGGAACUAAUCACAGGCUCAGAUCAGCUUCUCUCUCUCCAGCCUAAUGCAGAUCACAUUAGAAACUGGCCAGCGGAUGGAAGCUGCAUCACAAUCACUCCACUUUAGCUGCAUUAACAAGUAUUUCUGACUACUAGUUGAAGAUCACAUCCAGGGGACUGACCUUUUUUUACUACCAGACUGCGUCUUUUUCUUCAUCAACAACAAAAAAAAAAAAAAAAGGGAGCCUAACUGCCCUGUUACCUACCGAUGCUCCAUCUCUGGCACCUCUGGAUUCUGCUGGCUCCAAUUAGAAAUGAGAUGUAAGGCAUCUUGCAGUCCAUGCACGCCUCCACUUGCAAAUCGACACCAUUUCUCAGCGACAACCCUUAAAUCCUAAAAUCCAAGAAAACAAAGGAAGCACAUUAUCAUGGACCUAAGGGAAUUUUACCUGUUGGCUGCUCUUAUUGCCUGCUUAAGGCUGGAUUCUGCAAUUGCCCAAGAACUUAUUUAUACUAUAAGAGAGGAACUGCCUGAAAAUGUACCGAUUGGAAACAUACCAAAGGACCUAAAUAUCUCACAUAUCAAUGCUGCAACUGGAACCAGUAACAGCCUGGUCUAUAGACUGGUUUCUAAAGCUGGCGACUCUCCUUUGGUCAAGGUGUCCAGCACAACUGGGGAGAUCUUCACCACCUCCACCAGAAUAGACCGAGAAAAACUCUGUGCUGGAUCAUCUUAUGCUGAGGAAAAUGAAUGUUUCUUUGAACUUGAAGUAGUCAUCCUUCCCAAUGACUUUUUCAGGCUUAUUAAGAUCAAAAUAAUUGUCACAGAUACCAAUGAUAACGCACCUAUGUUUCCUUCAACUGUGAUCAACAUUUCCAUUCCAGAAAACACACUUAUAAACAGCCGGUUCCCUAUUCCAUCAGCAGUUGACCCUGACACAGGUUUCAAUGGAGUUCAGCACUAUGGGCUUUUAAAUGGACAGAGUGUCUUUGGACUGGACAUUGUCGAGACACCAGAAGGGGAGAAAUGGCCACAGCUCAUAGUGCAGCAGGUCUUGGACAGAGAGCAGAAAGACACUUAUGUGAUGAAAAUCAAAGUGGAGGAUGGUGGAAACCCUCAGAAAUCCAGCACUGCUAUCCUGCAAGUCACAGUAAGUGAUGUGAAUGACAACAAACCAGUGUUCAAAGAAAGUCAGAUAGAAGUUCAUAUCCCUGAGAACGCUCCCAUAGGGACCUCUGUAGUACAGUUACAUGCAACAGAUGCAGACAUAGGGAGCAAUGCUGAGAUCAAAUAUAUCUAUGGUGCCCAAGUGACAUCUGCUACCAAAAGACUUUUUGCUUUAAAUAAUACUACUGGAUUAAUUACAGUACAGAGACUGCUGGACAGGGAAGACACCGCAAAUCACAAGUUAACUGUCCUAGCCACAGAUGGCAGCUCCACACCUGCAAGGGCAACCGUAACUAUUAACGUGACUGAUGUAAAUGACAACCCACCUAAUAUUGAUCUCAGGUAUAUUAUAAGCCCUAUUAAUGGUACCGUGUAUUUAUCAGAGAAGGACCCUAUAAACACAAAAAUAGCCCUGAUCACAGUGUCCGAUAAAGACACGGAUGUCAACAGCAAGGUCAUUUGCUUCAUUGAAAGAGAAGUACCUUUUCACCUAAAAGCCGUCUAUGAUAACCAGUAUUUGCUAGAAACUUCUUCCUUGUUGGACUAUGAGGGCACCAAAGAAUUCAGUUUUAAGAUAGUUGCCGCAGACACCGGAAAACCAAGCCUCAACCAGACUGCCUUGGUGAGAGUGGAAUUGGAGGAUGAGAAUGACAAUCCUCCAAUUUUUACCCAACCCGUAAUUGAGUUAUCAGUGUCUGAAAACAACCGCAGAGGUCUCUACUUAACCACUAUCAGUGCCACAGAUGAAGACAGUGGGAAGAAUUCAGACAUUGUUUAUCAGCUCGGCCCUAAUGCUUCAUUUUUUGAUCUGGACCGGAAAACAGGAGUUUUGACAGCCUCUAGAGUUUUUGACAGAGAGGAGCAAGAACGUUUUAUUUUUACUGUCACAGCCAGAGACAAUGGCACUCCUCCACUGCAGAGCCAAGCAGCUGUGAUAGUGACUGUGUUGGAUGAAAAUGACAACAGUCCCAAGUUUACACAUAACCACUUUCAGUUCUUUGUAUCUGAGAACCUUCCAAAAUACAGCACAGUGGGUGUUAUCACAGCAACAGAUUCGGAUGCAGGAGAAUACAAAGCUGUAACACUUUCAAUACUUAAUGACAAUGAAAAUUUUGUCCUUGAUCCAUAUUCCGGCUUGAUUAAGUCCAAUGUGUCCUUUGACAGAGAGCAACAAGGUUCAUACACAUUUGAUGUCAAAGCUGUAGAUGGAGGGCAAAAUCCACGCUCCUCUACUGCAAAAGUAACAAUCAAUAUAAUGGAUGCUAAUGAUAAUAGCCCUGUAGUUAUCUCCCCUCCAUCCAAUACAUCAUUUAAGCUGGUGCCUCUAUCAGCCAUUCCUGGCUCAGUUGUUGCAGAAGUUUUUGCUGUGGAUGUUGACACUGGGAUGAAUGCCGAACUGAAAUAUACAAUUGUCAGUGGAAAUAACAAAGGUCUGUUUCGAAUCGACCCUGUAACAGGUAAUAUUACUUUAGAAGAGAAACCAUCUGCAGCAGACGUGGGCCUGCACCGCCUAGUGGUAAAUAUCAGUGACUUGGGAUACCCUAAACCGUUACACACGCUGGUACUGGUAUUCCUAUAUGUCAACGAGACAGCUGGGAAUGCUUCCUACAUUCAUGAUUUAAUUCGCAGGACUAUGGAAACUCCAUUAGACAGAAACAUUGGAGACAGCAGUCAACCCUACCAAAACGAGGAUUAUCUUACUAUAAUGAUCGCCAUUGUGGCAGGUGCCAUGGUGGUCAUCGUUGUCAUUUUUGUGACGGUUCUGGUUCGAUGUCGGCAUGCAUCAAGAUUUAAAGCUGCCCAGAGGAGCAAACAAGGGGCAGAGUGGAUGUCACCAAACCAGGAGAGCAAGCAGAAUAAAAAAAAGAAAAGGAAGAAACGAAAAUCUCCUAAAAGUUCUCUUCUGAAUUUUGUCACCAUUGAGGAAUCUAAACCUGAUGACACUGUACAUGAACCUAUCAAUGGGACUAUUAGUCUUCCAGCUGAGCUGGAGGAACAAGGGAUUGGACGCUUUGAUUGGGGCACUGCUCCCCCAACAACCUUCAAACCUAACAGCCCUGACCUAGCUAAGCAUUACAAGUCUGCCUCUCCGCAGUCUGCUUUUCAUCUUAAAGCAGAUACUCCAGUGUCAGUGAAAAAACAUCAUGUCAUUCAGGAACUCCCUUUGGACAACACCUUUGUUGGGGGCUGUGACACCCUUUCCAAACGCUCUUCCACUAGUUCAGAUCACUUCAGUGCCUCAGAGUGCAGUUCCCAGGGAGGCUUCAAGACAAAAGGUCCUUUACACACCAGACAGGUCCGCUUUAAUGAAUGCCCAGAUGUCCUACAACAUGUGAGUGGGUGGAGCUAAUGCACCAAGACACCUCGUUUUUUCUACUCUACAACAUGCAUUGAUUAUGCAGUCUGUCGGAAGUUACUCCAUCUGAAAACUAAAGCCAAUAAUGCAUUCAAUAAUUCUGCCACACCAGAAACUGGACACCUUGGGCCGUAGAGAGCGAUAAAAAAAUAAAGAUGAAAGAUUCUGUACAAAUUUUGGAUUUUUCCCACAUUGCCCUGAUUCUGCAGGGCAUGGAUCGAGAAAGGAUUGAAUUUGUCCCAGUGCAUACAAAUCCGGAUUUAUCCUAUUUGCCUCAAAUCUGCCGGUUUAUGGAUUAACAAUGGAUCAUAUAUUUACAGACUUGCUCAUGUCUGACAAUAACUAUUAAAAAUAAUUAAACUUAUUGGCACAAAGCCAGAAUCACUCUGGAACCCCAUAUCAUGGAUUUGUAUUAAUGCGCUUAUUAGGAACAUUAUAGGUGACUUUAUGAGGUUUAAAGGUUACUUUAAUUAGUCCUUAAUGAUAGGCAAAUCUGGUAAGAAAAACAAAAAUGGUGGAGAUCAAAUAAAGGGCUCUUUUUAAAGACAAUGGGCUUAAAAAUCAUACAGUUUUCAAUGCAGGCACAUUUUUUCAGAUGGUGAAAUUAUACAGGUGGGCUAGCAAUGAACAGUAACAAGUUGACUUUUCUGUUGAGGUUUGUAAGUCAGGUCAUCAUGAUAUGCAUUUAUGUGAAACCAAACAAACUUUAAAUGAACAAUCUAUAAAAAAAAAUCUAUAUGCAAUACAUAUACAAUCCAAAUUAUGUAUUUUUAAUGAAAAAAAAAAACGAAAGUUUAAACUUUAUCUUACUGAACACUUAGAUACAUAUUAUAUACAAGUGAGUGUUAGGAGUGCAGUGUGUCCUGCAUCACAAAUGUUAUAUAUUUAUCAUGGGAUAGUUUAUUAGUAUGAAUUUCAAUUUUGCAACUUAUUGAUAUAUUUAAAGGGCCAGUAAAAUACAAAACAUAGUUAUCUGUUGAAAAAGUGAUAUUAACAAAUGCCUAAAUGUUUGUACUCUAUUACAGAUCUUGUAAUAUGUGUCCAUGGUUUACUUAUACGCUAACUGUAGUGUAGGGUUUUUUAUUAUUGACCAUUUAAGCCCAACUGACUUAUCAGUUUAUAUCAGAUUACUAUAUUUCAGGUGCAUCAAAAAAAAAAGGUAUGCGGAAUUCAACAGUUUGUUCUCUUAAAGCUGAAAUUCAGUACCUGAUAUUGACCUAGUAUCAGCCUCUUCCAAUCUAUGUACAGCAGAGCCCAGAUUGGGCGAGGGAUAAACAUCUAAAGGAGCCAAUCUAGUGUUCUGUAGUAUUUCUUUGUUAAUACAGGGUAUGCCAAUAGGGGAGGAGAGUAGUCCACUGAUUCUGCAUUCUCUUUCUAAUCUCAGGCUAUGGGAGAGACAAGACCUGUGAGUCUUACUUAAUAGUAGAAGAGUGAAAUCUGGUCUCCUGCCCUGCCAGGACUGGAUGGACAGAAAUACAAAGUCAUUGGGAAAUUAAACAGCCCCCAUAUAUGUAUUUCAUUGUGUAUUUAGCUCUUUGUCUUGCGUUAAGCUUUAAAAAAGCAACCACAGCCUGAGUAGAAAAGUCUGCCUCUUUAUGGCAUGUUGCAGAGAGGGACCCUUGUUCUCUUGGUGGAAGGUGGGAGGUUUUGCACUCCUCCUACAGAGUCAGAGUUAGAGAUCUCCAGUCAGCAGUGAGCAUGAACUUUCCUAAUUGCAGAACUAUAGAUCUAAUUCUGCAUUUGGCGUGUUGGCCUUCUGCAGAGAGAUCACUCCCUCCACACUGAGAAAAAUGGUCCUUCUGUGCAGCAUGCUGGCAGUGGACAGGUUUAUCUACUCAGCCUUUGGCUGCUUUAAAAAUAAAAUAACUUUAAGACGUUGUACACUGUUUGUUUUGGUGCAUCUAGAAUUAAUUAAUCUGAAUUCAACUUUGUUGAGCUUAAAGGGUGAGAAAAGGCUGACUCAAUGGUUCUUAAAAUGAAAACUCAUCAUAUAUAAGAAUACAAGAACAGUAGGACAAAGAAAAAAUCCAGCCAUCCUCAUUUGUGUUUUAGUUACUUUACUGUUGUGACUAUGGAAACCCUAUGCUGCAAUACACCCUUGCCAAACUGUAAAUUGCAUUUUGCAAAAAAAGAUCUUAAAUUUAAAACUGGUUAUUUCUGUGUUUUUGGAUUAAACUGCUAUCAUUAAGGCAAAAUAAAAUGCAGAAUUCCCCAAAUUCUGCCAAUUUCAGAGGAACAAUCAAAUAAAAGAUAGGACUCAGUGUAGCUAUAGAGAACCUGCAGAGAACAAUAUUAAGACUGGCUUUACAGCUAGGUCUUGUAGUAUUGAAUAUGGUAAUUGUAGUAUUGUGGUAUUUACUACAACAUGUUAAUGUAUGCCCCGUGUGUUGUGUUGCCAUUCAAUUAGAAUGGCAUCCAGACUCACAUCUAUAAGAGCCAGCAACCAAACACAUGGCAUGUUUUGUGGUGUACUGCAUAACAUAAAUGGUGCAAGAGCAGUGUUUCAUCCUUUGGGAUGUGUUGGCACUGUGUUCAAAAAUAUUGAGUUACCUUAAUGCUAUGCACAAUAGUGCAUAAAAUACCACAUGGGAACUCUUGUGCAGUAACAUUUUGCAGCAGAGUUGGAAAGUGUGAAGGGAACCCAAAAGUAACUAAAAGCCAGACAACUGGUUGAGAACUGCUAUGACAUGAAAGCAGCUUCUGUUUUUGCCAUAGAUAUAUUCAUUUAAAUUAGAUGGCAUUUUUGUAGUUUACAAAAGGAAGCUGCUAGGUGUAUAAUGUUUAACCUUUUCGCAAAGCAUUACAGUGCUUAUUGCCAGAACUCAGGCCAAUAUGUGGCACUUCACACUAAUCCUAUGUGUCCAUGUUUAAUUCCAUUUAAAAAAAUGGGAUCUACAGACUUAGCAGUUCAAUGUGGUCAAUUUCAAUGACUCCAGCAGCAAUUUGAGUUCUUGGCAUGGUAUUAAAUCUCUAUUUCAUGGAUUAGCUUUCAUCAUGACUUUAAUAAACACUCAAGCACGUUGAUCUAAUGCAGUUGCUUCUAAAACAGUACUGACAGAGCUAACAUUUGAACCCCAAGGUCAUUGCUCUGCAAGUUCCGCCAAGAUUAUUCACAGACAGACCUUUUCCCAAUUAUAUUUGCAGGAAAUCCAGAAUGUCUUUGCUGAAAAAUAUUAAAUUCUUUUGAGUUUAUUUUUAUAGACUAGUCAAGCUAUUUCAGGUAUUUAAUAUGUAGUUGAUAUGCCUAUCUUGCACACAUUUUUCACACUUGUUGAAAAUCCAGCCUACAAAUAUUAUAACCUAUAACAUAUCUUGAGUGCCUCUAUACCUGUCCUGGAUUUCUAUGAAUUUAUUUGUGGGUGAGCACCUGGGUAUUUACUUCACACAUAGCAUGCAGUGGCUACCCUUGGGACACUAUAACUAUACACUAUAUACACAUACACUAUAUUGACUUGUGUCUUGUAUUGGGACACCUGCCUUUACAUGCACAUGAACUUUA